AAUUAUAAAGGAAGAGAAAAGGAGAAAUGACUGUUGGAAAAGUGGAAGGAAUGAAGGAUUGUAGGGGUUGAAUAAAGUUAUGAAGUAAACCACUUGAGAGGGUGAAAUAAUCAUUAAUAAAUAUCCUCUGACUGUUGAUUGCUCUCAAUGUUUUAUCGAUUGAUGCUCGCCAAGUUCGCAAUAACACACAGUGUUAUCAAUGUACAAUGGAGAAACAUCAAUCCAUGGAAGCCGUGGUGUCUUGAGGAGUGUGGAUCUGUGUGUGCUCCGGGUGCCCUCUUGUUGCCAGGGAAAGACAUGCCUGCCUGGGUACUGUUGUGUUGAAGCAGGCUAAGUGUGAUCGCUGCAGGCUUGGGCUGUCGGUCAACAGGGCAGGCUCCAACAUGAAACCAGCAAAGCGGUUGCUGCAGUUACCAUGGAAAUUUGGACGGAAACAAAGGAGUCAUGAUGUUCUUGAUGCGUGGAAAGAGAGUGGAAAGAGUCGUGAGGAAUGGAACUUACAGGCAAACAGGGAAGGGACAUGGAAAAUACCCAGUGGGGUUUGAAAACGGGGAGCCUAAAUGUAAAAAGUACCUCGGAGGAUGUCUGCUGUUCCAGAGAUUGGUCGAACAGAGACUGCGGUAAAUAACCUGAAUCCAGUGUUUGGGGUGAAAUUUAAGGUGGACUACCAUUUUGAGGAGGUUCAGAAGCUCAAGUUUUCCCUGUUUGAUGAGGACAAGUGCAGCAGCCAGCUGUAUGAGCAUGACUUCCUGGGAGAGUACAUCUGUACACUGGGGGUGAUUGUGUCCAAUAAGAAACUUCACCGGUCACUGACCUUGGCCAAUGGCAAGCCAGCUGGGAAAGGAACCAUCACAAUAACUGCGUUGGAGCUGUCAGACAAUAGAGUAAUCACACUGUCCUUGUAUGGGAGAAAGCUUGACAAGAAGGAUUUCUUUGGUAAAUCAGACCCUUACCUAGAGUUCCACAAGCAAGGAGAUGAUGGGAAAUGGAUGUUGGUCCACAGGACAGAGGUGAUAAAGAACACUCUGGACCCGGUGUGGAAGCCCUUCACAGUACCACUCAUCUCCCUCUGUGAUGGGGACGUAGACAGGAGCAUCAAGGUACUGUGCUAUGAUUACGACAACGACGGAAGUCAUGACUUCAUUGGAGAGUUUCAGACCACUGUCACCAAGAUGAGUGAAGCCCAGAAUUCACUGGAGGUCGAAUUUGAAUGCAUUAAUCCGAAAAAACAGAAGAAGAAAAAGAGCUACAAAAACUCUGGAAUCAUCAUUCUGAAGUCAUGCAAGGUUGAAAGGGACUAUACCUUCCUGGACUAUAUUUUAGGUGGAUGCCAGAUCAUGUUCACUGUUGGCAUUGACUUCACAGCAUCUAAUGGGAAUCCUCGGGAGCCCUCCUCUCUUCACUACAUCAAUCCUCUGGGCAGCAACGAGUACCUGUCCGCCAUCCUGGCUGUGGGCCAGAUCAUCCAGGACUAUGACACUGACAAAAUGUUUCCUGCUCUGGGAUUUGGGGCUCAACUCCCUCCAGACUGGAAGGUGUCUCAUGAAUUUGCCAUCAACUUUGACCCGACCAAUCCAUUCUGCCAAGGUGUGGAGGGGAUUGCCCAGGCCUACUCUGCCUGCCUGCCUCAUAUCCGCUUCUACGGCCCAACCAACUUCUCCCCCAUCAUCACCCAUGUGGCCCGCUUUGCCACCCAGGCCCUGCAACAGGAGACUGCUGCGCAAUACUUCACUCUGCUGAUCAUCACAGAUGGGGUGAUCAGUGACAUGGAUGAGACCCGCCACGCCAUUGUUCAGGCAGCCAAACUCCCCAUGUCAAUCAUCAUUAUUGGAGUGGGCAAUGCAGACUUUGCUGCCAUGGAGUUUCUGGAUGGGGACAGCAGCGUGUUACGCUCCUACACAGGAGAGGAGGCAGUCAGAGACAUCGUGCAGUUUGUUCCCUUCAGGGACUUCCGAAAUGCUCCGAAGGAAACUUUAGCCAAAUCAGUAUUGGCUGAGCUGCCGCAACAGGUCACACAGUAUUUCAAACAGAGGAACCUGUCGCCUAGCAACACAGCAUUGGAGUGAAAGCCCAAGGCCUUGGUUAAUCAUGCAUGUUGCAAAUAUCUACUCACUGUUUACAAAAAACAAUGUGCAUGAAAAGUGUUUUUUUUUUCAUAUGUAUUUAUCAGAUUUUUUUUUACAUCUUAAAGCAAGACUUUGUGGAGGAGGAAAAUGUGUCAAAGAACACUACUUUGCAGUCCCCUGAAAGGAAAGGGAAUUUUAGAAAUGUCUAUACUGUAUACUGAAUGUAAAUUUAUACAAUAUUCUAUGUUUUGAAAAGGAAAUGUUUAUGAAAAGUUCUUAUGUAUCUUUUAUGCAUUGAAUUGUAAUUUGUUGUACUUGUACCUUGAAGGUGUUGUACUUGUACCUUGAAGGUGUUGUAAUUGAUUUUAUAAAGUUCACCAUGUAUUUAUGUUACCACUCAGGUAAAUAAACUUACAUAAAUGUCA